GUCUUUUAGCGAUUUCCGCGAGUGAGGAGACGAUUUUAAAUGCAGCUGAAAAAACAAAAGCCUCCCCAGAUGAUACAGACGAUAUUAUCAUGUUGGAAAUCGAUGUCAAGGAACCUGUAAAAAGAUCACCGAUUUCAACCUCUGCUGAAUAUGGUUCUCCAUCUAAUCAAUACAUUCUUCAAUCAACUGAUAAUACUCAAGAGUUACCACCGGAGUACUUAUCUGUAAUACCACAAUAUGCACAAGAAGUAUCACAACCGCCUAUCUCUUCAGGAAGAGUACAACCAAGAUAUUCAAAGCAACAACAAUCAUUGCAACAAGCUUAUUAUAACUACCGAAAACCAACAGUAGUACCACCUCGACCUCGUACUCAACUUCAUCCUCAAGCUUUAGCUCAAGCUGAAAUAGCUGCAGAAAUUCAAGCUCAUACCGAAGCUCAAUCUCGUUCAGAAGCUAUUCGUACCGCACGUUUAGGUUCGAAAUCUUCUGCAUAUCAAACGUCAUAUUCUCAACCAAAAUUAGGAACAUUCGAGCAAGAAUUAUUACAAUUAGUCUCAGCUAAUCAAGCCCAAGAAUUUAAAUUGCUACCAACACAACCUAAAGAAAGCACAUCAGCAUAUUCGCAGCAAUUAAUAAGUUAUCCAGUUCAAUAUGCAAAAUCAACAGUGCAAGCACCUCAAUUACCUGAACAAUAUCACAUCGAAACUUCUCCACCACGAUAUCAACAACAACAACAACAACAACAACAACCUGUUUAUCAGUCAAUCGAGGAAACUGCUCAAUAUCAAGCAAUUCAACCAACCAAAGCUCUUAAUUCGGUUUCACAAUACGAUUAUGCAGUCGACGACGAUGCCUAUCAGAAAGCCCUUGAACAGGCUCAAGCUCAAGCUCAAGCUCAAGCAGAAGCGCAAGCAUUGGCUUUUCAGAAAAUUGCGCAAGCUGCAUAUAAAAAACAUCAUCAAGAUGCAUUAGCCCAUAUGAGGAUCACGAACGAACAUUACAGACAACAAUCUGCUUUAGAACAGAUUCAACAAGGCUCUAAAGUAAGUGAUGCUGGACGUGCUCAUUUACAAGAACAACUACACCCAGAAGCUGCUUAUAAAGCAAAGUUGAAAGCUCAAAUAGCUGCAGAAGCAGCUGAGGCAAGAAAAUUACAACAGGCGCAAGAAUUUAAAGCACACGCUGAUGCUAUUCGUAAAUUGGAAGCUCAACAACAAGCUCAUUUGAAAAUACAAGAAGAGGUUCAUAAUUACGCUCUGAAUUUUGAAAAAAAUCAAGCUCGUGCUCAAGCUUUAGCGCAAGCUCAAGCCGAAGCUCUUUAUAAAUCCCAACUUCAAGCUCGUAAUCAAGCUAAGAACGAAAUUUUAGCGAUAUCUAAGGGUCAAGUGCAAGCAAAGAAAGUCGAUCCAGAUUCAUCUGUGUAUCAUUAUACACUUUCAACUAGUACAGCUCUUCCUUUAUUGAACAAUUAUUUUACCAAUGAUCAAUUACAAAAAUAUCAAGCAUCUGGUUCUUCUUAUGUUCCUAGAUCAGUUUCAAAAUUGGAUGAUACAAAUCCUGUUGAAACGGCACCAGCUCGAGUGCAAUCCAUUAUUACGCAACCACGCCAAACUCAUAAAUUAAAGUUACCUUCGUCUUCUCAAUCGGCUUAUGUGUCUGAAUCAGGUUUAUUAAAAAAGUCACCCAUCAAAUCAAUAACUAUUGAAGAAGUCACUAUCGAACCGGAUCAAAUCAAUAAUCCUCCUACGCCUAAAGCACGUAUUCUGACAGAAGAAGAUUUAUCAGCAUUGAUUAAUGCAGGAUAUACUGUUACUCCUGUACCGCAAACUAAUAAAUCCGCUCAACAAAUAUAUACAACUGAUAAUACAUCUAUAGGUUAUUAUACGAAAAAACAAAAGGCUCCUCUUACAAGGUCUGAGUACGUUACUUAUGAAGAAGUGAUUCAACGUCCACGUAAACUUAUCAGGAAAAAUAGGCCGAUUAUAAAACAUAGUGAAAGUGAAGAAAGUGAUGCAAGUGCAAAAAUUACUUAUUUGGUACCUCUUGAACCAGCUUUUGGUACAAAACAACCUUUGCUAAAACAUGAAGAAUGAUUUGAUUUAAAUUUGGCUUUUUCUUGUCUUCAUUGCGUUACAAGUUUAGAAUAAUGCGUAUCUAGUUAAAAUACUAUCUUUACAGUAUUUUAUCUUGUUUAUCUUUUAUUAUUCAUAUUAUAGUAAAAAUCAUAAAUUUCAAUCAUAAUUACUUUCUAAAUUUUUUUGCUGCAGGUUCCGUGAAAAUCCAACUUAUUCCAUCCUAUUCACAUCAAACCAUAUUUAUU